AUGCCCACCACGAGACGGGGUGCAGCCGCCCUCGCUGGCCGUGAUUCAAACCAUCCCCCCCGCUCUCUCGGCCGGGCAAAUGCGUCGCAGACAACGAGCCCACGCGUAGCUGGGAACGCCGCUUCAAUUACUACGCCUACAAGAGGCACAGGAAAGAGAAACAGGAGAGAUGCAAAACCGGACGCGCCGGUUGCCAAGAGACCUGCGCUUGGGCGGCCGAGCACGCGGACGGGCUCUAGGACGGCCUUGGAGGACGAGAACGAGGACGACGUGCCGCGGGAUCAAACUUUUUACGAUGAAAUCAACGAAAAAGCAGCGUUGAGGGCCAAGGCAAAGAGACGAUUCGUCACGUGGCGAGAGUACUAUGCUGCAGCCGAGGAGCAGUUACUCCAGGAAAGCCAGCAAAGCGAGAGGCACGCCGUGCCAGAGACCAGCGAGCAGGGUAAUUCUUCGUCUCGUUAUGGACCCGUAGAACCAUCUGAUGAUGGCGGCGUGGCACACGAAUCACACGAGCAAGUGGGAAGGCAAGAAGACGCCGGUGUGGGGGGCAAUGGCGACGAAGCAGAAGAGAGUGAAGAGGAGGAUGACAACAGUGACCAUGGUGCUCCGGAAGCAACAAGUUCUGCCGUGGCUUCUGGCAACGCUUCACGCAUGGAGAAACUGGAACACGUUGCCCACAUGGACGCCAUUUCCACCGACAUGGCGUACAUCGAGCCGGAACCACCAGACACGAGCGUGUCGACCUUUAACCUCGAUUGUGAUGGAUUGACUACAAUGAUAACUGCAAUGGGCGGACGAGGCUGGAUGGACCAACGAGGCGAGUGGGCAGAUGGACUGCUUCGCAUUGAGGAAGAGUCCAGGGCCGCAUCCGAGGUCAUUGGAGCCAACGACUGCAAAAAGCUAUUUCACGAGAUUAUUGCCCUGUGGCGGAGUCUCAAGGACAUUCCCAAAGCACCAUCACUCAACUUGCAGGCACGAUAUCUACGAGAGCACUCCCGAAAAAUACAGAAGCACCUCAAAUUGGUACGGACUUUGACGGGGCAAGUCAAGAGCGACGCCUCGAAAAGUAACCUCCGACGAGGCAAUUCGAAAUCGAAACGAAAUGUGCAUGCACAAGGCCAACAAAGAGACCUAUUGAAGCGUAUACACGGCAUGUUAAUACCAGCGCUCGUGCUGGCACUCAAGGAGGCGCUAUUGCUAGGAGGAUACUCAAGGCUGAGGACGAAACCAGAGGUCAUCGGCUGCAAAGGUGGACUCUUCAUGGCAUGCACUUUGCAAUUCGCGCUUCGGGUCGUCGGGUUCAUCGAUCAGCUGUACGGCGUGGCAAUGGCACAUUUGCCUCCAGAAAAGGAGAAGGAGAGUGCGGCUGCAACGGCGCGACGGCGGACGCGGAUGGAAUUCGCGAAUUGUAUGCAGGUGUUGAAACCUCGCAUACUAGCAGGCAUGAAUGAGCUGAAGCGUCUUGCGGAAAGUCCACCACUGCAAGUCCAGUUGGCAGAGCGGUCAAGAAGCUUGCGGGAGGCGCAGGAAGAAAGGGACCGGAUAAUCAGGCAGAAGAAGGACGAGCAAAUGAUGCUGUUUGUGGCCUCCACCAAGCGCAUGCCAGAGGACACGCCCAAGCCACGGGACGAAUACUACGACAGGCACGGUUGGCGACUGUGGGAAGAUGAGGUGCUGCUCGGGGUGAUUCGCAAGACGAGGUCUCCGAACCUGGUGUUGCUGACCAGGCAGGUACCAGGCAGAUCACUAGGAGAGGUCACGAACAGAGUCAUCGAGUUGAGGGAAUGGAUCAAGGCGAAGUAUGAGGCGGCGGGUGUCUUGCCGCCAAAAUGGUGUUAUCAUUCAUAA